AUGACUCAUUCUGAAGCUGUGCAGGAGAUAUCGGCGCGGGUCACUGACUUCUACCGCCGCCAACAACCAUUUCGCAUUUAUCAUGGCGCAACCAAUAGCACGCGACCCUCCAACCACUCCGCAUCUACCACAGUGAGCACUGCAGAUCUCACCCACAUUUUGCAGAUCAAUGCAGACAGCUGCACGGCACUGGUCGAGCCUAAUGUCCCGAUGGAUGCCCUUGUGCACGCCUCCCGAACUCUGGGCCUGGUCCCGCUCGUCGUUAUGGAGUUUCCGGGUAUCACCGUCGGAGGCGGAUUCUCCGGAACGUCGGGCGAGAGCAGCUCGUUUCGGGAAGGGUUCUUUGAUCAUACGGUCAAUUGGAUUGAAAUGGUUCUUGCAGAUGGCCAGGUGGUGAAGGCCUUCAAUGACCGCGUCGAGUUGAAGGAGGAUAUUGAGGACAAACGAUCGGACUUGUUCUGGGGCGCUGCAUCUUCCUUUGGUACUCUUGGAGUGGUCACCUUGUUGGAGGUUCGAUUAAAGAAGGCAGAACCCUUGAUCGAAUUGAAAUACUAUGUCAGUUCAAAUAUGAAAGAAGCACUGUGCGACUUCCAGGAGGCUCGUGCUGAUCCGAAGACUGAAUAUCUCGACGGUAUCGUUUACUCAAAGAACAAGAUCGUUGUUUGCGCUGGACGGCAAGUGAGCAAAAGUCCCAAUAUAACAGUCCAUCGGUUCACUCGUCGACAAGAUGAUUGGUUUUAUUUGCACGUCGAACGGAUCACCAAAUCUCUCACGAAGCAAGCUGGCUCUCACACUCCAGAUGCAGUGGACUACAUUCCUCUGACAGACUAUCUCUUCCGCUAUGACCGGGGCGGCUUCUGGGUUGCACGUUACGCUUUCCGCUACUUCUGCGUCCCGUUCAUCCCACUUACGCGCUGGCUCCUCAACAGAUUUAUGUAUACCCGGGUGAUGUACCACGCUUUGCAUGUCAGUGGUCUCGCACGCCAGUAUGUCAUUCAAGACGUCGGCGUGCCAGUAUCUACCGCUUCUGAGUUCCUCGACUGGCUGGACCAUCCCGAGAACUUUGGGCAAUAUCCUCUCUGGCUCUGCCCACUACCCCCUGGAAGCGCCGGUGGGUUGGAAGGACAGACGAUGAACCAUAGCAAAGCAGAUGAUUCGAACCCAGAGAAAACAACUUUGAUGAAUUUUGGAAUCUGGGGACCAUCAACCACCACUGGACAAGCCGAAUUUGUGGCUCAAAAUCGGCAGCUCGAACAGAAGGUUCAUAGCCUUGGAGGAAAGAAAUGGCUCUAUGCACAUACUUACUAUACAGAGGCAGAGUUCUGGAAAAUUUACAACAAACAGGACUACGAUACUCUGCGUAGCAAGUACCAUGCACAACACCUUCCCACGCUGUAUGACAAGGUACGGGUGCGCGAAUCGGAUCUCCCGGGUGCGCAUCGCGGGGUCUUCGAAAGUGGAUGGAAGGGAAUGGUCAAACGAACUCUUUGGGAUGUCUGGCCAUUCAGUGGAUUGUACGGAGUCUACAAAGCCUGGAGAGGAGGGGACUAUCUAUUGCGAAAGGAGAUUCCUAAGAAGAAAGCUGACUAA